CAUGGCAAGAUGGCUGACUCCACCGCUGAUAGUAUAACAGAUAAAACUAACGUGCAAGUGGACACAGACGACGAGAUAUUUUAUCCAACAGUGAAGGAGAAGAGGCCUGGAAGUUUGAUCCUUCAACGACAGUCAAAUGUUGUGAGAGACAGUGUAUCGUCUGAUGAGGGCGAGUCAAAUCAGUUCGGUGUGUUUCAGUUCGACGGAGCUUAUGUCACCGACUUUCAAUAUGGAGAACGCUUGGCCAGGGCUAAACACGAACGACAGCACUCUAUUGUCGAUGGACUUUUAUGUGAAAUUUAUGACCGCUGGCAAGGGAACCAGAGGGAUAGUUUUGAUAGCGACACGUUCACGGAAUGCUCUAGUACCUCUGAGAUUUUUGGGAACACUCGGGGAGACUGGGAGAGGAGACAUGCGAGGCAACUUCAUCGCGCUUUCCUCGAAACGAAAGAUGUGGAUGAACUACAAAGCAUGGUUAAGGAACUGAAACACACCACAGCUCAGGUAUCGGCGCGUUUGAUCCGCCAGCUCAAGCGCAAAGAUCGAAGAAUUGCCAAACUUCAGAGGAAUUGUGAUAUUGUCACCGCAAUUAUCCAAGCUGCUUCAUUAAAAAGACGAAUUGACACUCGCAUGAAGUUUAGCCUGGAUCCACCACUUAGUGCCAGCGCAUUUGAGCAAUGGAAGGAUGCCAUGAAAGCCGUUGCCAGGUUACCUCUCGGUAUUCCGGAUGAAUUUAGGAAAAAAGCAUGGUUAAAUUUGGCCGAUGAGCACAUUCGAGAACUCAAGGUUGACUGGGAAAAGACUGUGCGCUUUGCCUUCAAUGAGAAAAGCAACCCAGAUGAUAACAAACUAGGACUGCAGAUUGUUAAGGAUCUCCAUCGGACAGGAUGCACAGGAUUUAGUGGCCAGGAUAAUGAGCAGGAUAGAGCUGUAUUAAAACGGGUUCUAUUGGCAUACGCCCGAUGGAAUAAGCAAGUAGGCUACUGCCAGGGGUUUAAUGUUAUUGCAGCUUUACUCUUGGAUGUCAUGGGACGCAAAGAAGAUGAUGCUCUAAAGGUGAUGAUUUACCUCAUUGACCAUGUCCUACCUGACAGUUACUUUGACAACAAUCUAAGGGCAUUAUCUGUAGAUAUGGCAGUAUUCCGAGAUCUUCUGAGAUGGAAGUACCCCAAACUCUCAAAACACCUUAACCACCUACAGCAGGCCUCAGGGGAGAAAUGUGCAGGCCCGAACUAUGAGCCGCCGCUCACAAACGUCUUUACUAUGCAGUGGUUUCUCACCUUAUUUGCAACCUGUCUUCCUAAACAUAUUGUGCUACGUGUCUGGGACUCCAUAUUGCUUGAGGGCUCAGAGAUCCUGUUGAGAACAGCUCUGGUGAUCUGGGGAAAAUUAUCUGGUCACAUCCUGGGUGUUAGUAGUGCUGAUGAGUUCUAUACUGUGAUGGGUUACUUGUGUCAAGAUCUGAUGGACGGCAAAAUGGUGGAUGCUGAUGACUUGAUAAAGACUGUGUAUGCUAUGGCCCAGUUUCCCUUCCCGCAGUUGGAGGAGUUAAGGGAAAAGUAUACCUACAAUAUUACGCCCUUUUCUGCUGCUGUCAAUGCUAAGAAGCCUCCACGACACAUGACAGUGGGGAUGUUCAGUGAUGACGAUGACUGGGAUGAUGAAGAUAUAGAAGCAAUCACUUGCUUUACAGGAAUCUUCCAGUUGCAAACUUUACAAGGGAAAAUAAAAGGUGGAGAUGCAGAAAGUGGACAAACAGCAGCAGCAGCGAUGAGUGGAGACAUCAGCUCCCUGGGGCCUGGGGCAUACGGUGCUGAUGGGGAUUUGGUUCCUAAAAUCCCAGCCUACAUAGAGAGAAUGACAACAGAUAUGGGUGCUCUCAAAAAAGCAAUAUAAAAAACUCAGACAACGUCAAAAACAAGCGCAUAUCAUACUCUCGGCUGUAUCCAAACGACAAAACACUGCUGUGAAGCCAAAACCUGCUCCAAUGGUUCCGAAGAUAGAGUCACCCUUGGCCAUGAACCAUUUGUUCAUCGUCCAGCAGUCGGCUCAGUCGAGAAAUCGUUGCAUUACUAAUGG